GAUUAUUAUUAGGAUCGGAAUUCGUCCUUCAGGCCGCAGCGAUCAUUCUCUUCCCAUUCUGCGCUCCGUGAUUCUAAUUCUCCUUUUUCUUUUCUCCCCCGCCAAAUUCUUGUCUUAAUCGAAGAGAAUUGAGGGUCCACGUAGAAUCGAAAAGGCAUCCUAGUCAGGAUUCCUGUACUGGUUGGGUAUGGGAUCUGUGGAUGGCAUUGUGAGUAGUGAACAUGGGAAGCACCACCCCCUUCUUUCAUUCGGAGUUAUAUCAGAUGUGCAGUACGCUGAUAUUCCCGAUGGCCGUUCCUUCCUCGGUGUUCCAAGGUAUUAUCGACAUAGCUUUAUUGUGCUGCAGAGGGCGGUUCACAAGUGGAACCAGCAAAAGCACAACUUUGUGCUGAAUUUCGGUGACAUUGUUGAUGGGUUUUGCCCAAAAGACCAGUCUUUUGCUGCUGUUAAGAAACUGGUUGAUGAAUUUGAUAGGUUCAAUGGCCCAGUGUACCACAUGAUUGGGAAUCAUUGCCUUUACAACCUUCCUCGAGACAAAUUGCUUCCCCUUCUAAGGAUUCCUGGUUAUGGUGGCCGUGCCUAUUAUGAAUUUUCUCCGGUUCCGGAAUUUAGAUUUGUUAUUCUUGAUUGUUAUGAUAUAAGCGCCAUUGGUUGGCCUGAGGAUCAUCCAAACACAUUGAAUGCCUUGAAAUUACUCGGGGAGAAAAAUCCAAACUCUGAUAAGAAUAGUCCAGAUGGGCUUGUGGGAUUGGAGAGAAGGUUUCUAAAGUUCAAUGGGGGUGUUGGGAACGAACAACUGGGAUGGCUUGAUCAUGUCCUUCAGGAGGCCAAUGAGUCCAACCAGAAGGUAAUAAUUUGCUCUCACCUACCACUAGAUCCCCAUGCCUCGUCGAAUGAAGCAUUGUUGUGGAAUUACAAUGAAGUCCUUGACGUGAUAUACAAAUAUAAUUGUGUCAAGGUCUGUCUAGCUGGACAUGAUCACAAAGGUGGUCAAUCAAUUGACUCCCAUGGUAUUCACCAUCGGGUCCUCGAAGCAGCUCUUGAGUCCCCUCCUGGGACAAAUUCUUUUGGGUAUAUUGAUGCCUUUGAUGAUAGGAUCUCACUUUUCGGAACUGAUAGAAUGAAGAGCUCCGAUAUGCUCUUCAGUUGCUGAGUUUAUACUCUUCUGGAAUUUCUUGUAUAUUGUUUUUGUUUUUCAUUUUAGUUCCCCCCUGUUAGUUUUCAUCUGGAUUCCAUAUGGGGUCAGUACUUUUUCGUGGGUAUUAAUGAUCAACUGUUGUAUAAAUCUGAAUGAGUAUACUUCUUAUGCAAAAUCUUUUGGGAUUAAGGCUUGGAUGUUGUUGUAGUUGUGCCGUUGUGGUAUACUUCUUAUGCAGCAUAUAAUAUACGAAAUAACUUGUUUUGUCA